AUGAAUGAAGUUAGGGUUCCUUCUGACAAAAAAGGGGCACGAAGACUCACAAGGCAUAUGCGUGAGUUUUAUGAGAAAAUUGAAAAUUUAGAGCUCGUUGAUUUGCCUUUGGAAGGAGGACAAUUCACAUUCAGAAGAGGUAACGGACAUGAUGGGAGUGUGCAAUCCCGCAUUGAUAGAUUUCUUGCGAGUAACUCGAUCUUCCGUGGUGUAUCUAAUGUGGAAGGGUGGUGGGCGAGGGAGGCCGUGUUUGGUUCUCAAUCCUCUAGACUAUUUAUUAAGCUUAAAAAUCUACGAAAGACGCUAAAGAGUUGGUUUGUGGGGAAUCGUGCAUUGUUUUUCUCCAAGGUUGAGGUUCUAAGUCGUGAAAUUUUAUCAAUUGAUGGUGUAGAGGAAGUUCGUGAUCUCUCUAGUACGAAAAUUUCUACACGAAUUCAUUUAGUGAGCGAGUUGCUUGAAUUAUGUAAAGAGGAGGAAAUUGGGGUGAGACAACGCAGUAGAGCGAUUUGGUUGCAGGAAGGUGAUAAAAACACCAAGUAUUUCCAUGGCAUCUCUAAAGAACCAUUUCAGGUUAGACCAAAGUUGAAUAAAAUAAGUUUUGCAUCUAUAAAUACAAAUGAGAAAUGCAUGUUGGAAGCUCCUUUCUCUAUCGAGGAGGUGGAUGCGGCAAUAUUGGAUUGUGGUAGUGAUAAGUCCUCCAGGAGUGACGGUUUUACUCUAGGGUUUUUUAAAAAGGCUUGGGAGUUCCUUAAGGCUGAUAUUAUGGCGGCUAAGAAUCACUUCUAUCGAUUUUCAUCUUUUGAGAAAAGUUAG